GCCGUCUGUAAUAGGACCUAAAGACGUGUUUCCCCUCCGGUUAUCCGCUGUCUGGGUGUGUUCGUCUCUAAGGGCGUUUCAGGCUGAAACAAGAAUCCUCUGUUAGUAUAGGCAACUGGUUUUUACAGUCGGUGUGUUUGGCAUCGUCUCCUUCAUCUAAGCAACCCUCCGAAUAAAUUUCAAGAUGACAUUUUUACUCAAAAAAAUGGUUGGUGGUCUGAUCGACUACGCUGUCAGUAACAUUGAUCCCAGCCAGUUUGUACCUUCAGAACCUCCUCCACCACAAAUGCAUCAGACACAUGCUGAGCUGAAUGAGAGCGCUGAAGAGAAGCAGUUCCGCAGGGUCUUCCAGCAGCUGGCCGGGGAGGACAUGGAGGUGAGCCCUAAUGAACUGAUGGGGAUUCUCAACAAAAUCAUCAGCAAACAUUCCGACCUGAAAACUGACGGCUUCAGCCUUGAAUCUUGCCGGGGCAUGGUGGCGGUCAUGGAUGGUGACAGCACUGGCAAGUUGGGAUUCCAUGAAUUCAAGUAUUUAUGGAACAACAUCAAGAAGUGGCAGGGUAUAUACAAGACGUACGAUGCAGACCGUUCAGGCGUCAUUGGGUCCGAUGAGUUGCCCAAAGCUUUCAGAGCUGCAGGCUUCCCCCUCAACGAUCAGCUGUUCCAGAUGAUCGUUCGCCGGUAUUCUGACGAAAAUGGAAACAUGGACUUUGAUAAUUACAUUGGCUGCCUGGUGAGGCUGGAUGCCAUGUGCCGUGCUUUCAAGACCCUUGACAAGGAUAACAAUGGAACUAUCAGUGUCAACAUUCAGGAGUGGUUGCAAUUAACCAUGUACUCCUGAAACAUGAAGAUAUGAAACUACAGUCACCCCUUACAGUCAUGUUAGCGAGGGGUUAUGGUUAGGGUUAGGGGUAGGGUUAGGGGUAGGAAGAGCCCCUCAAUUGUGCAAGUUCGCGAGUAAUACUUGGGUACAUUAUUAAAAAUGUAAAAUUAACGGCACUGAAAAGUUACUAUGAGAAGCGUGAUUUUCACGCUAGCAGAGCUAGCACAUAAAUGAGACUGAUUGCUGAGACAAAAAUGGAUGGCAUACCCAAGCCAAGAUGCAUAGAUCCCACAAUUAUUAUUAUUUUCUUUUAACCAAAAAUAACUUUUACUACUAAAGACAUAUUAUGCAUUAAUAAUAUUUGUAUUUUAUAUGAUUUUAUGUGAUCCAAAUCAUUUUCAAUAUUUAUAUAUACACUGACUUAGACUUUGUCCAAAAACAGUCCCAUUUAAUUUCUCAUGGCCAACUUGCAAGUCACGAAAUCUGCUAAUGUCAAAUUCCUGAAACUGGAGGGGCAAUUGUACUUCUUUUUUGUCUUCUAGACUUUACUAAUUUGCUCCCUUGUAUAUGUACUAUGCUUGUGUCCUUGUGUCCUCUGCAUUAGCUUGUUCACAGAGAUUAUGGAGCUUUUAGACUUUAACUAACUGAAAUUUUGGUCUUUUGUGCUUUGAAAGUCCAUUUCUAUGAUAUGUAUAAACAGAGCAUUGGUGAAUUACCUGUUCUGUGCACACGCUGGUUGCAGUAUACAAUACAAUCACUAGAUGGCACACUAGUAACAUUCCAAGCAAGACCUGGACAAGAUGUUAGUCUUUCUUUAGUCUGUUUCUUUGUGACGGUGUAUUAUACAAAAAAAAAGAAUCUCAAUAAAAGAAUGAUUAUCUGUCA